AAAGCUUCCUCACAGCGGGCAUUUGUUGUUUCUUCAUCAUGAUUCGUAAGCAAGCGCGCCAACGGCGCGACUACCUCUACCGACGAGCUCUCCUCCUUCGAGACGCCGAGAUCAGCGAAAAGCGAGCCAAGCUGAGGUCUUCGCUGGCCUCGGGAAAGCCAUUGGAUCCUACCAUUGCGAACGACAAGUCUCUGCGCAAAGACUACCAGUACGAUGAGUCGCGGCCCGAUCUCACUACGAACGAGCAGCUUGACCUUGACGACGAGUAUGCUCAGCUUUCGGGCAUUGUCGACCCCCGCGUGCUUGUGACGACUUCCCGCGACCCUUCUGCAAGACUGGCAGCUUUUGCGAAGGAGAUCCGACUCCUGCUCCCCACGGCCGUCCGUCUCAACCGUGGUAACCUCAUCUUGCCCGACCUCGUGCGAUCCGCUCAAUCUGCAGGCCUCUCCGAUGUUGUUCUUCUCCACGAGCAUCGCGGUACCCCAACUGCGAUGACCUUGUCGCAUUUCCCUCACGGUCCGACCAUCUCGUUUUCUUUACACAACGUGGUUUUGCGGCACGAUAUUCCCGGCAGCGUGCGAGGAACUGUCAGCGAGUCGUACCCUCAUCUCAUCUUUGAUGGCUUCACGACUCGCCUGGGAGAGCGGGUUGUCAAGAUUCUUAAGCAUAUUUUCCCUCCAAGGGAAGCUAUCACGGCAAAGAACAAGGUCGGCAACCGAGUUGUGACAUUCAAGAACAUUGAGGACAGCAUUGAAGUUCGACACCACGUCUUUGUGAGGACGGGUUACGACAGCGUCGAGUUGGCCGAGGUUGGACCACGGAUGACUAUGAGAGUGUUUGAAAUUCGGGGUGGUACUCUCGAAAACAAGGACGGCGAUGUUGAAUGGCAUCUCACGCAAUAUACAAGAACGGCCAAGAAGAAGAAUUAUCUCUAAACUGGUCGAGCCACACCAACGAUGCUUGCAGAUCUGCUGCUACAUUGCAGCAAGCUAAGUCAACCGUCAUCUUAGAUCAGGCCACAGGCAGGCUGCAUGCCUAUUCUGGGCCCGGCAUCGUACCUAUACGACAAGUUAUCCGAGACACUCGGUUCCACGUGGGAUAUCCGAACUGUGUGCUCAAUUCAAGUCGAAAACGAGAUGGUGGAAUGUCAACCAGCAGCGGUGACGUGGCGGAGGAGGCCUAGGACGGGAAAAUCGGGAGUUUGGAGUUCUUGGUUGCAGAAUGCUAGACAUUAAGGCGAUGAUUUUGAGCAGACGGUCAACAUUUUAUGGCGAAAUGGCUGUUUUGGUUCACAAGAGGGGAGAGUGGCUAUUGGUUGAUGACGACCAACAUCAGCACUUGAAUGUGUGUGUAUGACGGUGACUAUAACAGAGAUGAUAAGGCAUAUUCUCCAUUGCUACCU